AUGAACUCCAUAAUCCUCAAGUAUGACUACGAACUCGAGCUGCUCGAAGAUAUCCUCAAUCAGACAUGCCACAUACCGACAGACUUAUUAGUAUGCUCAUCAAAGGCAGAUUUUCUCGAACAACUUGUUGUCCAGCUUGGUCGAAUAAGCAUUCAGUCGGAAGCCCAGACACCACUGCCCCAGGAAGAGGCUAACACGCAGUUCGGGGGGCACUCGUGCAAACCCCAACCCAUCCUCCUGUCGAAGACUCUGCAUGCCUUGAGCGCAAGCCAACUCAUCAGCCUGGUCUUUUGUCCCACGAUUCCUCCUCUUCGAGGCUAUCUCUCGGGCUAUGUCUCAAGAUCGGCAUCUCCCUCAACCCAGUCUCCUGGUCAGAUAAUAAUCCUGAAUUUGCUGGCGAUGCACCACGGGACUUCCGAAUUCACCUUGCAGGGUCUCUCCCAGACGCUUGCCGCCGCAGUCUCUGCCGGUCACCGGACAGAUCGCGUGCUAAAGCUAGUGGAAUGCAAGGACGUCAACGACCCUUCAAACCCUAACCGAGGUCCGGGUCUUUGGAAGACCGAAGUCCAACUUCUCAGUGCGGCGAUAAAGAUAGGAGAGGCAGGUCAAAGCUGGGGUCGUCGCACCAUAUCGGUCAUGAGGAUUGCGUCAAGGUGGUUUAAGGCAGAGCAACAGAAGGAACGUCGCCGAGAAGAGCAUAACCCGGUCAUGCUUGCCAGGAAUAGCCCUGAGAAAGAAAUUCUUGUUUGA